CUGAAGAAUGGGAAAGUCUGAGCCAGUCUAGCCAGCACAGCCAAGUUCCUGUUCCAGGCGUGGUUGUUGACAGACGGCACCCGCGACUUAACAGUACGGCUCUAGCAGAGAGGGGCCAAAGCGGCGGUUUUUAGGUCUCGGCGCCAGGCGUUUUAGCGAUCUCUGGAACAAAAUGCUGUCGCGCAGAUGGUUUUCAUUAAGCAAGGCCCAUCCUAUCCUGUUUAGGAUGCUGACAUCAUCCAGCAGUGGCUCCCAGGUUAUUCAGAACAUGGAAGAAGGACAUUUCCCCAUUCAUGUGAAAAAUGUGCGAAGUAAAUUGAGAGAGAUAGUGGGAGCAUCCACCAAUUGGAGAGACCACGUGCAAGCGAUGAAUGAAAGAAAAGCCUUAGAUACACUCCUUGCUAAAACCCAAGCUGACCUGCCCCCUAGGAAAAUGAAAGACAGCUAUAUAGAAGUCAUCUUGCCUUUAGGAAGCCAGCCCGAAAUAAGAGAAAAAUAUCUCAAUAUGCAAAACACUGUCAGGUUUGGUCGAAUUCUUGAAGACCUUGACAGCUUAGGAGUUCUUAUUUGUUAUACUCACACAAAACAUGAAGCUACUUUGAAAUCUCCUUUAUCAAUUGUUACAGCGCUCGUGGAUAAAAUUGGUUUAUGGAAGCAGCAUAUUCAUCCGGAUUGUGAUAUCAAGUUUACUGGGAACGUUUCCUGGGUUGGAAAAACUUCAAUGGAAGUGAAGAUACACAUGCUUCAGCUACUUGAUGGAAUCUAUUGCCCUAUGUUAGAUGCAACUUUUGUCAUGGUGGCCCGUGAUCCAGAAAAUAAAAGACCAGCAUUUGUCAAUCCAUUAAUUGCUGAAACCCCAGAGGAGGAAAAAAUCUUCAGGGAAGGAGAAAAGAACAAGAUCAGGCGGCUUGAAUCUAGUAAGGCUUCUUUAUUGAAGGUUGCUCCUACUGAAGAUGAAAGAAAUAUUAUCCACAAUAUAUUCCUGAAUACUCUGGAUUCAAGGACAGUAAGUUUUCGUAGUCGGAUAUUGCCACCCAAUUCAGUAUGGAUGCAAGACACAAAAUUAAAGGGUUUGGAGAUCUGCCAUCCACAGGAACGUAACAUUUUCAACAGAAUCUUUGGAGGCUUUCUCAUGAGAAAAGCAUAUGAACUUGGAUGGGCUACUGCCUACAGCUAUGGAAACUCCAGACCUUAUGUGGUAGCUGUAGAUGAUAUUAUGUUUCAAAAACCAGUUGAAAUUGGAUCCUUACUAUUACUUUCUUCCCAGGUAUGUUAUACUGAAAAAAAUAACAUCCAGGUUCGGGUGCACAGUGAAGUUUAUGAUCCAGACACCAGGGUCCACCAUACAACCAAUGUCUUCCAUUUCACAUUUAUGAUAGAGAGGGAAAUACCAGAUGUUGUUCCCAAGACAUAUGGUGAAUCUAUGUUGUAUUUGGAUGGAAAACGGCACUUUGAAAACACAGCAUAGGAUCAAUACAGAAUUACAGCUUUGGAUGGCCUUGGAAACUUCAACUAUAGUGGUUAUCAGAAAGAAUAAAAGUAUUUUAACUCCAAAAA